ACGGAAGAGAAGAGUCACUUCUUUCAAUCUUUUCUCUCUGUCCACAUCUCUGAAAGUUGAGUCCGCAACCUUCGGGUCCGGGAAAGAAAAAAUCAGAGGGAAAAUUUUGUUGAUUAAAAGAGAAAGAGAGUGAAAGGUAUAAGGAUUUUUUCUCGGAUAAUUAAUACAUCUCUCUCUGUGUGUUCAGUAUUGAAUGUCAAAGCCAGCGAAGAAGUAGAGAUAGAGAGAGAAAGCGGGAAAUGCUGGAAUCGAUUGGCUGUGAAUCAAAAGCCUAAAAAGGGGUUUUUGUAGUUUGUGUUUAUGGGGAGUGGAGCUACGUUAGUGGACGGUGUUCGUCGCUGGUUUCAACGUCGCCCUUCUACAACAUCUACUUCUACUUCUUCUUCUUCUUCUAUUGAUAAUAACAACAAUGAUUCGAGUACUAACACAGACUCUGAUGACAAUGAUCGUAAUGAUGGCCUUGUCUCUGUGAAAGAAGCAUCGGAGGAGCUCACUGUUGUUGAGGAAGAUUUCGACAUAUCUGGAUUGAAGCGUAUCAAGGUCCCCAUUAGGACCCAAUUCAAAGUUGGACAUAUGCAGACUCACAAGAAGGGAGCAGAGGCAGAAUUCUUCACUGAAUAUGGAGAGGGAAGUCAAUAUGAGAUUCAGGAAGUUAUUGGGAAAGGAAGUUAUGGUGUGGUCGGUUCUGCAAUCGACACCCACACUGGAGAAAGGGUUGCAAUAAAAAAAAUUAAUGAUGUUUUUGAGCAUGUUUCUGAUGCUACUCGGAUUCUGAGAGAAAUCAAGCUGCUGCGAUUGCUUCGCCAUCCAGAUAUCGUUGAAAUAAAACACAUCAUGCUGCCUCCUUCACGACGGGAAUUUAGAGAUAUCUAUGUUGUUUUUGAGUUGAUGGAAUCUGAUCUUCACCAAGUAAUCAAGGCAAAUGAUGAUCUUACUCCUGAGCAUUAUCAGUUCUUUUUAUACCAGCUUCUUCGCGGUCUUAAAUAUAUCCAUACAGCAAAUGUAUUUCAUCGCGAUUUGAAGCCAAAGAACAUCCUUGCUAAUGCUGAUUGCAAACUAAAGAUAUGUGAUUUUGGGCUUGCUCGAGUUUCUUUCAAUGAUGCCCCAUCAGCAAUCUUUUGGACUGACUAUGUUGCCACUCGAUGGUACCGUGCUCCAGAACUCUGUGGGUCAUUUUUCUCUAAAUACACUCCUGCAAUAGAUAUUUGGAGCAUAGGAUGCAUAUUUGCUGAAAUGCUUACGGGAAAACCUCUGUUUCCUGGGAAAAAUGUUGUACACCAAUUGGAUCUCAUGACUGAUUUGCUUGGCACCCCCCCAGCUGAAUCCACUGCAAGGAUUCGAAAUGAAAAAGCACGAAGGUAUCUUAGUAGCAUGCGGAGGAAACAACCGGUUUCAUUAUCACAAAAGUUCCCUCAUGUGGAUCCAUUAGCUCUUCGUUUACUGGAACGCUUGCUUGCAUUUGACCCUAAAGAUCGUCCAACAGCUGAAGAGGCACUAGCUGAUCCUUACUUUAUUGGUUUGUCAAAUGUGGAGCGUGAACCAUCUACUCAAGCCAUCUCUAAACUUGAAUUUGAGUUUGAGCGCAGGAAAUUGGCAAAGGAUGAUGUUAGAGAGUUAAUAUAUCGGGAGAUUUUAGAGUACCAUCCUCAGAUGUUGCAGGAGUACCUUCGAGGUGGAGAGCAGACUAGCUUUAUGUACCCGAGUGGUGUCGAUCGGUUCAAGAGACAGUUCGCUCAUCUCGAGGAACACUUUGGUAAAGGCGAUAGAAGCAAGGGUGGAAAAAAUACUCCCCUCCAAAGACAGCAUGCUUCCCUUCCAAGAGAGCGGGUUUCUGUACCCAAGGAUGUGCUCGAUGAGCAAAAUGAUGAUUUCGAAAGGAGAACUGCUGCUUCUGUUGCCUCAACUCUCCAGAGUCCAAGGUCACAGCAGCCUGAUGGUUUAGAGAGCGUAAAUACAGAUACGCCCAGCAAGUCAAACCCCAACGUCCGUAGCUUGUUGAAGAGUGCUAGCAUUAGUGCUUCCAAGUGUAUAGGCGUGAAAGCAAAAACAGAUUUGGAGGAUGAAGCGAUUGCCGAGGGUAUGGAUGAGGCCGUUGAUGGGUUGUCUCAGAACAUAGCAGCGCUUCGUGCCUGACUCGGUAUGAUAACAAGUGAUGGAGUAUAUCAGAAGGUUAACAUCUUCCCGUUACCUUUUUCCUCAUUAUGUUUGUGAAGAGGCGUUUGGCCACAAUUUUAUAUUGAAGAUCUUCAUUUGCUUGAAGGUAGUUGCUAAGCUAACAAUAGGAUUCCAUUGAAAUAUUUCUUGAUUUUAUGCUGGUACUACUACAAUUACAAAAAGAUGAGGUUUUCUUCUGUAAUUUUUACUCUAUUCAUUUUCCAAAGAAAGAACAAGAGUUAUAUUUUGUUGCACACUGUGUAACCAUAGAAAAAAAGUUAAUGUACUGAAGUGAGAAACAUUGCCAUUUUGUUUUAAUGUAACAAAGUUCAUUUUCACUUUGUUAAGGAUUUAUUAUAUAGAAAAAUGGUUAUCUUUUAUGUUGUUUAA